AUGGAAAAGCCCAAGUGCAUCAUCUGCGGGGGGACGAGCUUCCGCAUAGAGGAGGCCCAAGUGGUGUGCAACGAGUGCAACUACGUGAACGAAAUCCAGCAGGAGCAAUUUGAAGAAGAUUAUGAAGAGCACCCAAUAGACGACCACGUGAAUAAGGAUUACCUGGAAAAAGAUUUUUACGACAUCUUGAAGAAGCUCUACAGAAACGAUAAGCUAAUCACAAAAAUUAAAAAUUAUGUAUUUAAAGAAAAUGAUGAAUUCUUUGUAAGGUACCAAAAAGUGCUGCUAAAUUUUAUAUACGUCUUUGUGAAGGACCAUCAUUUGCCUCCUCUCCUGUAUGAUGAGGUGAAGAACAUUUGGUUCCACCUACUGAAGGUUAAUAUAAUGAAUACGAAUGUGUAUGUCCCCAUGGGGGAUGCGAAAGAUUCAGUCAAAUCUGUUUUUGAAGUCAUCCGGGCACAGAAGCUGAAGGAUACUGUUGGGGAUAUUCUGAACAGUGGGAAAGUCCUAAACGAGGUGAAGAAUGUAAUUAAAAAAAUGGGACUCAGCAAACUGUCCUACUUCUUCAUCAUACAGAAAAAAAUUAUUAAUGAAACGAGCAAGUCUCUGGAAUUCCUCCCCAGAAAAAGUGAGGUCUUUAGGAGGUCAGAAAUUAAGCUCCUAAAACUGUACAAGAAGACGGCCCUCUUAGAGAGCGAAAAAAAAAACAAGGAGGAUUUUCUAAAAAUCAAUGAGAUUAUUCAUAACAUCCGGAGGUCCCGGCUCUCCAACCAGGGGGGGGAAGCUGACCAGGGGGGAGACCAGAAUUUUGCCAUUUCAAGUGUUGGCCCCACUCGCGGGAAGAGGGAGGAAGGCGUGCCCUCCGAGCGCGAACUGCUCGAGGCGGCACCCAGGCAGAACACCUUCGGCGACAAUUACGAGGAUUUUGACGUGUAUGAGAGGCCCGAGGGGGGGGGAAACUUCAACCAGGGGGGCUCGGGGGACUUCGCCGAGUUGGAGCAGUUUGGCCAGCUGGACCAGUUUGGCCAGCCGAACGAGUUUGACCAGCUGGACCAGUUUGGCCAGCCGAACGAGUUUGACCAGCUGGACCAGUUUGGCCAGCCGAACGAGUUUGACCAGCUGGACCAGUUUGGCGAGCUCGACCGGAUUGACCAGCUCGACCAGGUGGAGCAGUUCGACCAGUUGGAGCAGUUCGACCAGAUGGAGCAGCUAGACCAACCGCUUCAACCGCUCCAACCGCUGCAGGCGAAGCGGGAGGAGGCACCGCCCGGGGCCGCGGCCCCCCCCAAAGGCGUCGAGAACUUCGCCGAAGACGAAAAUUACGCGCAGGCCGAGCGAGUGUACCACUUCUACUCCUCCUUCCUAAUCAACCAGCUACUUAAAAAUAAAAAACUGUUCAGACCAGUCGACUCAAAUGUAUCCGCAAAUUACAUGAACAGAUCUAUUAACCACACCAAUGUUAUAGAUUUAAUCUACCAGCAUGAUUUUCUGUACUACUUCCAUGAGGAGUUGAGGAAAAAAUGCGACAUUGAGUUUCUGUCCUUCUACGAUAUUAUGCAGGUGUUCAAAGGGGACUACGACUAUUUGCUUCCCCCCUCCUUGGGGCUGAGCACCGGUCCGUACGUCCCCAGCAGUGAGGGGAGAGCCACUGGGAGUGGCCCCCUCCAGGGGGACGAAGAGGAGGGUUACCACUUCGAGGAGAGGGGCAGCGUCCCCCAUGUGGGUUACCACUUCGAGGAGAAGGGCAGCGUCCCCCAUGAGGGUCACAUCGAUGAGCAGGGCAGCUUUCCCAAGGAGGAUCACCACUUCGACGAGCUUGCCCAAUUAAAGGACGAGCCGGGCGACACCUCCGCCUUCGAAAUGAGCGAGGUGCCCUUUUACGAGGAAAUGGAGCAGCCGUCCCUAGGUGUUCCGCUGCACAGCGCCGGUGAGCACUCCCCCAAGAUUGAGUCCCUGCGGGAUAAUCUCAGCCUGGGAGAAGAGCCCUCCGAGUUCCUUGGCCCCAGCGACGCCCAGAGCAGUGGCGGCAAGGCGGAAGCAGGCGGCGAACCGCGGUUCGAGCAACUGGAAGGGCUAUACGAAGAGGGGCUCCCGGAGGAGGGCGAACAGAAUGCCCUCCUCGAAAUGCUCCACGGUGACGACCCUGACAGAGAAGCCGCAACGAAUCGGAAGAACAGCCGUUCCGCGGAGGAUGUAGAAAAAAUUUUGAAAAAGUACCAAAAGUACGUAGAACUGAGGAAAGGGAGCGGGAAGGCUGUCCUGCAGAACGAGCGCGCUGUGUUGAUUGAGACUCUAUCGGAUGAUGAGAGGUUUGAGGUGAGAAAUGACCAGAAAAGGGAGCCAAAAAAGAAUGGGGGGGGAACUCAGGAGGGUAGAAAUCCGGUGGGCAGACCCGAGGAAAGGGGAGACGACACCGACCUGCUUGGUGAGCUGUCCCCCCGCGGGAACCAAAUGAGCGACGUUGCCCCAGGGUAUGUGGUACAAGGGGUAUCCCCUGGUGGAAGCAAGGCGAGUUCGCCUCUCCUCCAAGCGGGGGGAGCAGCAGGGGGAGCAGCAGGGGGAGCAGCAGGGGGAGCAGCAGGGGAAGCAGCUGGGUCAGCGGUGGGGAGAGAGACGCCAGCCAAGGGGGGGGGCCACAAUGUCAUAGGGAAUGAAGACAAUGCCAAACGGGUCAACCAUGCCAAAAGUGUCAACCAUGCCAAACGGGUCAACAACGCCGACGAUGGCUGGUUGGGCCCCUCCCCCCGUGCGACCGCUCCCCGCACGAGCAUUCGCACGGUGUACAAAAAGCUGGAGCACGUAAACAGCAUCAAACGGGAGAGGAGCCUAAAAUUCGAAAGGCACUGCUACGACAAUGGGCUGAAGAAGGCCCAGAAAAAUUAUAGCAAAAUUGAGCUGCUGGUAAAGGGGUGCAUAUUAAGGCACAUACAGGAAGAGAGUCUAAAAUUGAAAAGUCAAAAAAUGCUAUACAUCCCCGAUAGGUACCUCAUCGAUUCCUUCAUUUUUGAUGGCCUCUACAAGAACUUCCUCUACAUUUCGAACCUAAAUAGAUUCAGAACCAUCGCGGUAAAGCACGUGUACAGCGAAUAUGUAAAUUUUUUUCUAAAUGAUUAUAGACAGUACCUGAUGGACGAUGAGGCUUACAAAUUUUGCUAUAACUUCUCCUUCGAGUUGCUCCUCUACGUGUUAUACUACUGCAUGAAGAGGCUGCAGAUUCAGUGCCUCCCUCACAAUUUGACUCAUUAUAUCAAUUUGGACAGUUUCAACCUCUAUAGAGUUUUUAAUAACGUCCCAGAAUUGUUAUACAAAAUUUACAAAGACGAAUCGUCUGUCUUUUCUUUCCCUUUGAAAAAUCCCAACUUUUCUGAAAUAAAAAAAACUUUCUUUUUAAGAAAUUUAAAAAAUGGAGUACCCUUUCUAUGCAUUCACCAUGAUGAGCACACGAGCAAGCAUUUCACACAGGAAGAAGGUCAAGUGAAUGGAAAGGACAAAACAGAUUUUCACUUGCACUCCAUUACGUACUUUAAAAAUUGCAAACAUUUGAAUAUGGCCAAUAGGUUUCUAUCAAAUUUUAGUAACGCCAAAUGGGUGAAAGAUCUACAGCUGUUUAACUCCAAUUUGGUUAGAGAUUUGUAUGACCAAGUAAACGACUUGGUUUUCAAAUUUCAGCUGCCAAAUGUUGUGCAAAUUUACGCGAUGAAGCUCCUCCACAUGGUGAUCUUCAAAUAUAGGUUUUAUAAAUUCCUCUUUAAUGUAUACACAAAUCAGUACGACGAUAUGCACACAGAAUUAAAUAAUUUUUACUCGUUUAAGCAUAUCCUUAGAGAUUUCAAAAUGUUCUAUAGGAAGAGAAACAAGUCCCUCUUUUCGAAGAACGAAAUUAACCGCUACAUUCUCUACCUUAUGAAAAAAGAGCUCUAUCUUAAAAAAAAAAUUUUAAAAAAAAAAAAAUACAUCCAUCCGGAGAGUGGGCGACUCAACUACACGCUUUACAACAAAUUGAACUACUUCUACCGGCAGAAAUUUAUUUGCACCUUUUUUAUCACCCUGAGGUUUUCCCUCUCCGUGGAGAAAAAGAGGUUUUACAGCAUCGCGGCUGCCUGCGUUCUGACUGCCUGCAAGUUUUACUACCCCAUGCUGAGCUGCGACUUCUUCACCUUUCAGAACAUGUUCGUUCGGGACAAGUUCGAGAGCUUCCACCGCGCCAACCACUACCGCUGCCACCUGCAGCGGGCGGUGCACCUCUACAACGGGGCGCACCAGGGGGGCAAGCGGCCAAAGAAGCGAAAUGAGCAGCGAAGUGGGCGAACUAAGCAGCGGAGUGGGCGAAGUGAGCCAACUAAGAGGGACCUUCAAGACCCACCUGCGGGGGGACCCAGCGAAGUCAAAGCGGCACUCAAAAGGGCGCGCUGCAGGGAGGGGGAAGCCAAACGGUCUAAGCAGAAAACGGACAAGGAGGCCAAGCCAGGGGGUAAAGCAAGUCUCCCCCGUAGAAGAAAACGGAAGUCACUCUCCCCAUCGGGGGGUUUGGAGGCCAAAAGGGCCAAGCGUGGCGGGAGCAGCUGGGAAGAGGCCCCCCCGCUCGGCGGUGGAAGCCUAAGGGGUGAAAGUUUAGUAGGAGAAAGCUUACUUGGUGAAAGCCUGAGGGGGGAAAGCCUUAGGGAGGACCCCGGGGGCGAGAACCAAACCGACCACACAUGCAACCUCUACAGUGACAUCUUCACCGACGCGUCCGACGAGGCGUCCUUCGGGGGGCGAAGCGACGGAGGGGCAAAUGGCCGUGGCGAGCGCGAACUGGAACAUUUUUUGGCGCAGGAUUACUCUUCGGGUGGCAGCAGUUGUGGCGGUUCUCUUAGAGGGGUCAUUUUUGAGGAGGCCCCCGGGGGGGCGGCGGUCCCGAAGGGAAGGGAAACCAAAAUGAAAGGCAAAGUGAAAGGCAACCCCCCCAUGCCUAUUAGGAGAAUACACUUCAAGUCGCCCAUACAGAAAAGCAGCUACUAUUUCGUGCCCAUCCCCAGCAUUCUGAAAUUGUUUUUUAACUACAGAAGGUUUGCCGCUCGCGACCCCACUGUGGAUCCCCUCCUGGAUGACCAUCAUACCCCUGCGAGCAGCUCCCCCGGCGAGACGGACGACGAAGAAGAGUACAUUUCGCACGUCGCGUCCCAAGGUGACCCCUCCCCCCCCAUCGCACGCAGAAGCACCUCGGAAAGUGUGAAGAGCAAGCUUAUUAACAAGCAAGCAAAUAUCAGUCGUAAGCGAAAAUAUGUAAAUCUCAGUAAAAGACUCAUGCCACGCAUAUACAUUUUUAAGAUUCAGCAGAGCGGCCCAGCAUCAGGUAAGAACAAAAAUAGACACGUAGAAAGACCUUCCAUUGAUUUAAAAAGGCUAGUUGUGUACCAGAACCCGUAUUGUUGCAAGGAGCUCUUAGAUGCACCGCCAAAAAGGGUGUCUCCCCUUGACAGAAAAGUGUAUCAAUUGAAAGGGAGGCUAUUCAGUGCCCUCUGCUUAAUCAACUGCCCACACAAUUUAGACCAUUUCAAUUUCGACAUGAAGAAGUUACUUUUUUAUAAUGAGAUGCGUAGGGUGAUGGGGGAGGGAGAAGCAGGCAAUGUAUUCCGUGAAGACGCUUCGGAAUGGUUUGUUCUUCGCAAAGUGGUGUCGUGUUGGGGAGGGAAAGGCACAUGUGGGCAGUCGCAGCUGGGGGGUAACUCCCCCGGGAGCCCCAAGUCAAAUGUGGGCGAGGAUCCCAUGCGGGGUGGAAGCCCCCCCGUUAGCGUUACCCCCCAGUUUGUAAACUUCAACGGCGAAACGGUGGAGCAGUUCAUACGGGCGAGCAGCCUCUCGCGGAGGGAAAAGCACCUGUACCGCGCGCUGAAGAAAGAGGGCAACACCAUCGAUGGGGAGGAAGCAAAGGGGGGGAUAGAUGACCAUUUACAAAUGAUUAAACAGAGACAUCUAAUACACUCAAAGAGAUACGAAGUAGUUUUCUUCCGCUACGUCAUGCACGAGUACUACUCCAUGCUGCAGCUUUUGCUGGACUUCCAAUUUAUGGCGGACACGCUGAACGUAUUUAUCACCUACACGUGGAACGUAUAUCAUACUCUCUUUUUAUAUUACCAGCUAAAAUAUACCCUAAAGGAAUUCUUCCUAUGCUUCUCUCAAGUUACCAACAUGCUGCAUUAUUUUCUCCUCCUGAUGAAGCGUAAGGAAUACCUAUGUGCAAAACAGUUUAAUUGUUUUUCCAGGAACAAGUACCAAAAAAAAAAAAAAAAAAUUUCGCAAAAUGUAAAAAAGUUGUUCUUCAUCUUUGAGCUCUUCAGUGCCCUGUACGGAGUGAAAUCUAAAAUCCCCUACCAGUUUAGAUUCUCCCCAGGCGCCUUCUUCGUUAACAAUAGCAGUCUUAUAUAUCACCGGAAGAAACCAGGCAGAGGAGAGGUCAGCAAGAAAAAUGAAACCUUUGCCCAUUUGUGUAACUUGUUUAAUGGGGGGUACUAUGAGUACCUGAACAAUAUGCUCCAAAAUGUCUUCAACCUGGGGGUGGUUAAACGGAUGGUGAGCAGAAAAAUGAGAAAGGCAAGGAACGAACUACAUAACAUCAUUAGAAAUUCCUACACCUUUGACGAUUACAUCCAUGCGUAUGUUUUCCCUCCUACAAGGAAAACGCUCUUCCACAUAACUGUGAGGCAUGUCAAAUUCUUUAGCCUCAGCUUUGAGGGCACUUUAAAACUCGUCAGGGGGAACUAUGCUGAGUGUCUAGACGAGUACUACGAAGAGAUGGAAAGGUGUGGCUUGUCUAGCCUGGGCGACGUAGUGACUGUGUUGUCCGUGGGUCCCUCCCAUGAGGGGGUCUCUCUCCAGAGAAGUGAAGGAACCAACACAGGUGGGAUUCACCCCAUUAUCUACCCACCCAAAAGGCGAAGAAACGCACACCACGCCCUCUCCAAGUACCUAACCCUAAUUUUAGAGCUUCAGAAGCAGAAGACGAGAAUACCCUACCUCUUCUGUGACAGCAGCGCUCCCUCCAGCAGGACCGAACACAGCGGCGUCUACUUCCUCCACCAUGACCGAUCGGACGUGAUAAACGACUGCAUCAAUUUUGUUAUGAGGAAAAACUACAAUGUUUUGAAUAACACACAGUUGAGCGAUAUUUUAGGGUACAAGGAGGUGGUGGAUGUGCAAGGGCAGGUGUGCCACCAGCUGGAGCAGUCGCAGCAAUCGCAGCAGUUGGAGAACUGCCAGAACGGCGAUGGGGGGCCCCACUUCUUUCAAAGCAACUGCUACAGUGUAGAACCCGACGUGGGAUCCUACCACAUGGUUAAACUUUUCAAAUAUUUUAGAAAAAUGAAGAGAAUCAUCUCGCUGCCCCGAGAUAUAUUUCUGCUCUACUACCUAAGUUACUGCACCAACUUGUUCAAAAGGAACCUCUUCUCACGGAGCGAACUAUACGCCAAUGAUUUUUUAGCAAGACGGGUGCUCUAUUCGUUCCUCCCUGGAGUCCUAAGGUGGAGCAAAAAAUCGAGUGAAAAUUCAACCGUCAUGAAGAAAAAAAUUAUAAAUUAUGUACAACUGUUUAGGUUCGUCCUUCGUGGAAGGAGGGACAUCUUUUUGGCAUCCGAGGGGGGGGUCUUCGUCUCCAUCGGUGACCCCUACAGUGGGUGCUCCUCUCAUUUUGGCGAGAAAAAGAAGUGCUUAAAAUAUUGCCCUCCCCCAGGUGAAGCAAAACCGAAUGGCACUUCCACCCCGUGUGAUGAGCAAUUUCAACCCACAUUGCCCCCUCGGAGGAACAAAAAAUGGGAACCUUCUACUGGCAUGAACUGGGUAAAGUUGGGGGACCUCUCCCGAAGCUACGCAAAAUUUGUGAAACGUUUACGGUGCCCCGUUUCGAGUACGAAUGAGCUCCUCCUGAAUAAAAUAAUUUUCUUCAAUUUGGCAAAUGAAACAGUCAUUAGUGAUUUGUGGCAGGGAGGAAGGCGCCCUCCUCGGGUCGGGGAGAUCUGCCACCGUAGGGGAGAAGCCACUUCCAGGGGGAGAAACCGCUUCAAAAGGGGGGGACCUCAAACGAGACGAACCUCCAAAGUGUCCACCCCACUGCAACACAUCGCCUACUCCAUCAUUCUGGACAAUUUCAUCAACAACAAUAGGCAGCUCAUUUUGAUAAAAAAUGCGGACCGUUUUUACGCCAACUUGGAGGAGCAAAUUGAGGGGAAAAUAGUAAAAUACAUCGCGCCCACGAAGUACUACAAAAAGUGCAGCGUCCUAACCUCCAUGAUUCAUCAAAUGGGUUCGAAGAUAAGCAAUUUGCCCUACAGCAUCUUGGCGAAGGAAGACCCAGUCAAGACGGUCGUCACCUUGGAAAUCCCAAGUGUUUGUAAAAAGCAAAACGUAGCAGAGGCGGUAGACUCCAUCAGCUUGAUUCAUUCUAAACUGUUUAAAAAGUUGAAAGGCCUCUUCUGCACGGUCCCUCUAGAUGGGUACCUUAUUAGCUACCUGGAGAAGCGCUUCGCUGAGAUCUUCCCCAGGGAGAAGGACCUAAAGGAGGAGCUCUUCUACUUCGUCUAUGAAGUUUUUGUCAAGCAAAAAAUGAAUGCUGCGAGUGGGGGCGCCGCCGCAGAGGCGCUCCCGCAAGGGGGGAAGAAACGUCCCGGUGGAAGAACCCCCUGCGGAAGAGACCCAGGCGAAAGAACCCCCGGUGGAAGCCCCCCCUGCGGAAGCACCCCCAGUGAGGCCCCCCCGGGGGAAGACGAAUUCCUCUGCCUCUCAACAGACGUCGACUCGUACAAAACCGACUCGGUGUACCCCCUCCAGUUGGGAAAAAACGAAACAUACCUGGAUGUUAAAAAAUUUUUUAAAAAAAACCAAAGCCAACUGAACAUAGCCAUGGAAAAGAAGGAGUCCUGCGAGUUCAACAGAUGCACGUCCUUUUUCAAAGAAUCGGAAGGGAGUCGCAGUAAUGCCAUCAUCAUACACGAGUGUUACAGAGCAUUUGCCAACAUUUUUAGCAAGUUGAGAGGCUGUUUGAGCCACUUCGCUGGCAGGGACAUCCACGGGGCACCACUUUACAGGCGCCAAUUCGAGUGGCACAGCAACCUCAGCAUGUACGACCCAUUUUUGCUCAUCCAUAAUAGGCACUACGAGUAUGAUGCGGCGGUGGGGGGGGGAACAACUGAGGUGAAUGCUCCCUGUAAUGUUAAGGGUAACCCAAAUGGGCCCUUCCCCAGUGGAGUUACCAAAAAAGUGGUGCUACGAACCUCCAGCAAGGGGACAAACCGCCCACACGCAGAACCGCACAUCUGCAUCUACAACGAUAACACCUUCUUCAACGCGAACGACGCCGCGCUGGAAGCGGAGGUAGCCAAAAGCGACAAGUACGAAGAGUCCCUGGUAAAUUAUAACCUGAACAGAAAUGCCCAUUUUGAGUUCCGCCCCAGUGUAAACAGCUUCACCCUGAGGUUAAAAAAUGAUUACAUAAAAAAAAAAAAUAAAACAAUCAAUCAGCAAGUGAGGAAGAAGCAAAUACAUAGGAUAAGAUACGUGCAGAAUGCCAUUCGCAUGGGGAGAUACACCUACUUUUUCUUUUCCUGUCUAACCUACCCUAUGAGUCACGUGCCAAGAAUUAUGUACCUUUUUUCCAUAAGGUAUUUCCCCUCAUUGUUUUUAAAAACGGCAAACUAUUUGAACUACCUGAAGGUAGACCACCACCUGUUGCAAUUCUUAUACACCUACGACGUCAGCACAGUUAAGGAGGUCUUCACAAAUGUAAAAAAACAGAAACGCCCAGAAAAUAUUUUCCACUUGAUACGCUUUAGGGGGUACUACAUUAACCCCUUUUCCUUGCUAGGCAGUAUUUACUACGCAAAAGAUAUACAACUUUUGUGCUGCAACUUUAAGCUGUCUCUGAGCAGCUACUUUAACACGCUGCAUACGGUCCUCUCCGUGGGUAACGUCAAGAGAGAGUCCAAGAGUGUUGCCCAGGAACAGGUCCGGCUGGGGGGCGAGCACAGGCAGCAGCAGCGGCAGCAGCAGGCGGGCCGGCACGGAUCCUUCGGCAGUCGCGAUGGUGCGGAAAGCGACCGCGAUGGAGCGGAAAGCGGCCACUAUGGAACGUAUGGCAGUUGCGACGGAGCGGAUAGCCGUCAUGAAACGUAUACCACCCCCGACGGGGCGCGGGUAGAUAGGAACGCCUCGGGGAUCGACCCAGACCUGUUUGGGCUGUACCAGAACCAGUUUGGGGAAGUCCAAAGCGUGUUUGACGUCCCCCGGAAGGAGGCAGGCGAAAUGGCACCUUCGAACGAUAGUGGGAGAAGAGGAACAACAAAACCAAAAAAACGCUCCAACGAUUUGCACAACUCCGUGAGGGAGACCCACAUCAGAACGACCAUCAGAUUUUCCGACGACGCGAAGAACAACAUAGGGGAUGAUAAAAUAAAUAAUUUUUUUGAAAAGAUAAACCGCAGGGAGAGGGGCGCCUUUUCCAAGCGCAGUCGUGAAAUCCGAAACAUAUCCCUUCUGGAGGAUACCAUACGAAGCGGAGGCCAACCACAUCGCGACUUUGAUGAUAUAUUUUUUACAAACGAAAUGAAUGAGCGGCUGUUUAAAGAAAAGGUCAUUGACGACGAUGAUGAUAAUGAGAGCGAGGGGUUCCUGCAACGUGCUCGAAAUUUUAACUGCUUGUCCAUCACGCCCAAUGUCCUUGCGCUGCGCCCAGUCGAACGGGGCGCAAAGAAACGAAGGCAAAGGGAACAACAGCUUCUUGCAGAGAGGAAGCUGGAAAGUAGACCUCCACCUGUCUGCAGACGUUUAGGCAGUCUCCCUCUAUAUCGCUCCUACAGCGAUAGAACUGUGCACAUUGAGAAGGAGGACCGCUCCAAACUGCAGUACUACCUGUUUGGGGACAACGAAACGAAUGUCCGCUCGGUUAUGGAAAAGGGCAAAAGGGCUUCGCAGCGAGAGGGAGGGGCGCACACGGGGGAAGCGGGGCAAGCGGGGCAAGCGGGGCAAGCGGCACAAAUGGAAGAAGUUGCCCAAAUGGUAGACGGCACCUCCACGCAAGGCAUCCCCCCACCGAACGGCAGAGAUGCGAACGACCGCUUCAGUGAGCAGCCGCUUGAGGUGGAUGACCUGUGCCUGGAGCGGGUCGAGGGCGACAGCCAGAGUGACCUGUACGGGGGCUCCCACGUGGUAGGCAGCGUCGGCGCGAGUUACAGUGCGAGUUGGAAGGAGAGCCGAAAUGACAGCCGAAAUGACAGCAGAAAUGACAGCAGAAACGGGAGCCGAAACGGGAGCAGAAGCGCGAGCCGAAACGUGAGUCGAAGCGCGAGCUUCUUUAGUGCGAGUCAGAUGAGCGUGGGGGGUGGCAGGGGGCGGCGGAAGGUGGGCGCCCACAAGGAUGACCUAGUUGGCCCAGUCAGCGGCAAAUCUGGCCGAGUUGGCGAAGGGGGGAGCCGCUCCAAAAGGGGCACCCCCCCCAAGGGAGUGGAGCGCAUAUACCACAAGUGCCUCCACCAACACCUGGACACCGAAGUUGCAGAGCCCUUCUCAACACCCUCAGAAACGAUAAACCUGUAUAACUUAAUUUUAAGCUCACUGAACAAUCAAAUUCUUCUGAAAAAUGACUCCAUCACGUAUGGGAAGUACCUGAAGAAGACCCCCCUGGAAUUUAACUACAUCGUUUAUAAAGAAUUUUCCACCCACACCAACUACUACGCGGAGCCCUACGACAAGAGUGUGCUGAACGAAUUCGUCGACAUUUUUUACACGGACAAGUUUAGGGAUAGCUAUUUGGGCGGUGGGGAGGAGGAGAGGAGGAGGAGAAGAAGAAGAAGGAGCGUAGGUGUGCUCAAUGAGGCAAAAGAAGAAGGUGUGCCCCACCAGGGUGACGAAGCAGGUGAGCUCCUCCACAGUAGCGACACAGAUAGGCCCCACUCCCGUGGCGACGACCCCCUUUUUGCUACGCAGGGGGGCAGCGAAAACGGAUCGCAGUUGGACGAGUUCUUUUGCCUGAAUGAUGAGCUGUUUUCGGCUGGCGGGGGGGGGCGGCAAAGUGAGCAACAAAGUGAGCGGCAAAGUGAGCAGCAAAGCGACCGCCAAAGUGAGCAGCAAAGCGACCGUCAAAGUGAUCCCCAAAGUGAGCGUGAAAGUGAGCGUCAAAGUGAUCCCCAAAGUGAUCCUCAAAGUGAUCCCCAAAGUGAUCCUCAAAGUGAUCCCCAAAGUGAUCCUCAAAGUGACCACCAAAGUGAGCGUCAAAGUGACCGCGGAAGUGAGCAGCCGCGUGUCAGGGGAAGCGCCCCCCACGAAGAAGACAACAUCAGGAGCAUGAUGAACCCAUUUUGGGAGGAAGAAAAUCUGCUGGAGAAUAUCCAAAUGGGACAACAGCACACCCACAUGGAAGGGACGAAUGAUCCACAGGCUAGCCACGAAGAAGGCACCACUUCUCUGCUCUCCGACUACUACGAUAGCAAUGCAAGUGAAGCAGAUGAUUUGCCACAGGACUCCUACACUGUGUGUUCGUUCUACCUGCACAAGCCGGUGUACAUCUUCGACGAGCAGAGUGAAAUCACCCAACUGGAAAGAGAGACGAAACAAUAUGGGGACAUUCAAAAUGGGGAAAUUCAAAAUGGGGACAUUCAAAAUGGGGACAUUCAAAAUGGGGACAUUCAAAAUGGGGACAUUCAAAAUGGGGACAUUCAAAAUGGGGACAUUCAAAAUGGGGACAUUCAAAAUGGGGACAUUCAAAAUGGGGACAUUCAAAAUGGGGACAUUCAAAAUGGGGACAUUCAAAAUGGGGAAAUUCAAAAUGGGGACAUUCAAAAUGGGGACAUUCAAAAUGGGGACAUUCAAUAUGGGGACAUUCAAAAUGGGAACUCUCCAUCCGCAGCUGCUGCACACACCCUGGAUGAGUUAUUUUUCCCCCUGAAGAGGGAUGGACUUUCAAAGUACUUUACCAAAAGGGACAAGAAAAUUAAGAGGGUAUACAAAAAAUUGAUAAGAAAAUUGGAGCAUGGAAAAAAUGCCAAAAGGACAUCCUACGCGAUUUAUGACAAGGCAAAUAAUUUCCUUCUGUAUGAUUAUAAAUGCUGCAUGUAUAAAAAUAUUUGGGGAAAAUUUACAAAAAAAUAUGUAAAAAAAAAAAAAAAUAUGAACAUGCAGAAAGUGCUCAGCGGGAAUAACCUAAUCAUCAAUACCAUCUCCAACGAUAUUCAUCCCUACGAUCAGGAGGUGCGAAAAAUUGUGCGCAUUUAUAAGAGGAACAAGUUGUUUAUAAGAAAUGCAAAGCUGAGACACAUCUCGAGGAAGUAUAGGCAUUCCUUUCCCUGGGUGGGGGACAACAUGCUCGUCUGCCCCAACGACGUGGAUUUGUUCGUCAUGGCCGGAUACACCUCCGUCCUCACGCACCAAAACACGUCCUACUUAAAAAAUUUUAAUUACCACUCGGCAAAUGCGUUUAUCCCUUUAUAUUAUAAAACCUUGUCAAGGAACUUAGACCACCUCAGCACAAUGAUGUGCCUGCUCAUCAAGGCCUUCAGCUCCUACAUGGGAUGCCCAUCCAACGACUUGAUCACGGCUUGCAAAGAAGUGGAGUGCAUAUUCUUCCGGUUCUGCUUGUAG